UGGGCACUGCGGGCCGGGGCGCGGACCGCCGAGCGGCCGUUGUGGCGUUUUUCUCUCGUCCCAGCUGUGUGGACAGUGCCACACGCCCUCUGAACAACAACGGCUCUUGCGUGCCUGUCCCAGUGUUUCUUCUGUCAGAGAGCCCAGCAGAGCCGCAGUUCUUUCAGUGCCAGCCCUGAGCUGAGCGAGGAGUGCCCAGGCGAGAUGGUAAAGAUGACAAAAUCCAAAACUUUCCAAGCUUAUCUGCCAAACUGUCACCGAACGUACAGCUGUGUCCACUGCAGAGCCCACCUGGCCAAUCACGACGAGCUGAUCUCCAAGUCCUUUCAGGGAAGCCAGGGACGCGCCUACCUCUUCAAUUCUGUGGUGAACGUGGGCUGUGGCCCCGCAGAGGAGAGAGUCCUUCUCACUGGCCUCCACGCCGUUGCAGACAUCUACUGUGAGAACUGCAAAACCACGCUCGGGUGGAAAUACGAACAUGCCUUUGAGAGCAGUCAGAAAUAUAAGGAAGGAAAAUUUAUUAUUGAGCUUGCCCACAUGAUCAAAGACAAUGGUUGGGAGUAGAGUGAAGGCCUCCUGUUCUCUUCUGAGUCCUGUUUUGUGAGAGACUUUAAUGGAAACAUAGGAGCAUCCUGGAUGACAAUAUUCCUUGAACUUGAACCUUGCAAGCCGGCCUCUUCUGACCAUCCCAUGGGUAAGGCUCCCUCGGUCUAUGUCUUCAUGUAUGUGGUCGUUUCUGAAAUGUUUCAGUGACCUUUUUCUAAUGUUUCACAUUCUAGAGAAAGAAUUAACCAACUGAUGAUUUACCCGUCUAGUUAAUACCUUCUUUAACCUAUGCCUUUAAGAUAAAGUUUGGCUGCUCUUUCAUGUUUGAUAGAAAGAGACCGAAUCUCUACAGACCACAGUGACAGGGUCUCUUUAGAGAGCAGGUUCACCCUGUCAUUUAGAAUGAAGGUUUUAUAGGCCACUUUUUUCCUAAUUUGCAAAAUUACAAAUUGGUUAUUUCUCUUGCAAAUGAGCUGUUAAGUCAUAGGGCUCAUUUCAGAAUCUUCCAGAAGCAGUCACAAAUCUGUACACCAAGGGUGUGUUUUUUAGCCUUGUUCAAAAACAGAAGAUACCAUUGAUAACGUUUUAGAUAAGCUAUAGAGAAGUGGGUCUAAUGCAACAUCUUGUUAUUUAAGCCAGUAGCUUCCUUAUCUAGAAAGCAAAUGAACUAGUCGUUAGCGGAGACUGUUCCAGGGGCCCGCGGCGCAGCUGCGCCAGGACCACAGCCCUGGACACGGGGCUCCGGAGGGGGGGCUCAGCCAGGCACUGAGGGGCUGCUCCAUGGAGUAAUAGUUUAACACACUGGACCGAGUAAAUCGGAUUUCCUUUUCUACUCUGAUGUACUUGAAGAAAAAUUAUUUUUGCAUAUGAGAGAGGCCAGAACUAACAGGAUAAACUUUCAAACUUGAGAUUUGGUAGAUUGUUUUAAUGUUUUCAGAAGAGGUUAAAAUUGCAAGACAGGUUUAAACUUUGUAAAUGGGAUGUUUGCUCAGCGGGUCCCACUGCCUUGCCUGGUCUGUCCCAUGGGCUGACACACAAGGGGCCUGGGCAGUCUCCUAAGUCCUGAGUUGCCGCCACGUGUUUCAAGUUUCGAUCCACCCGUGCUUCAGCAGGGAGUGGGCCCGACACAGGUUUUUGGCCAAUCUGCAGAAAAUUGAGGUCAAAAACUUUUCCAAGUAAGUUUUGUUUUUCGCUGUUCUGACUCCAGCCUGUGGGCCCAGCCUGCUGCUGCAGGUGUGUGGGGAGGCCUUCUGUGUGGUCACCAUGGCGUGAGACUCCCUGGGUCCCAGCACCAAGGGCAGGAACAGGGCCCCGGGCAGGCAGUGUGCCCAGGUGUUUCUCGGCCUGUAGGACGGCUCUGAAACUGCCUUUGGGUGAGGCUAGUCCGGCGGCAGCAAGCCUGAGCCCCUCCCCUUAGCACAGAGCUCCCGGCCAUGCAGGCAGGAGGCUCCCCUGCCGGUUCCGGUUUGGCCGCUGCCCUCUCGGCACCACCUCUGCCUGUCUUGCCGCCUUGGAACAUGGGAACGUGGCGGCCCCGACUCCAGGGUGGGUUCGCACAGAGGAGCCCCUGCCGCUUGUCAGCCGAGAAGGGAAGACCUUUGUGCAGCUGUGGAAGCCUCCCUUCCAGCAGGUGCUCCAGCUGGCGGCUGCUUCCCUGAGCUGUGUCCAAAGAUCUGGGCUGUGCCAGCGUCUGUCCGACCUGGCGUCCGGCGCGCAGCCCCGGGGCUCGCUGCCGUGGCUGAAACCUGCAGAGGCCUCAACCGCGAGCACCUGCGCGGUCCCAGUGGCAACGGAAGGGCCUGAAGGACGCCGCCCGUGGGAAGUGAGUACUAACUGCAAACGUGGCCUAAGCUGACUCCCCUUCUCGUUUGGGGUCCUCUACGAGCCUCACGCUGCACCCGGCGGCCGGACCAGGGCAGCGGCCCGAGCGUUUCUCCGUGAGGUCUUCACUUCAGCUGAAGGAUCUUUCUAAAAUUCUUCUGACCAAUUUUUGUAUAUACUAAACUUAUAUUUAAAGCUUUUAUAUGUUCUGGGCAAUUUUACUGGUCCUUCCAUUUGAGCACUUUGGUUUUGUAUCGUCGGUUGUGAUGACAUUGAAACCUUUUUCCUAGCGGUCUUAUGACUUGUGGUUUUUGUUUUUUUUUGGUAAUUGAUACAAAUACUCUUA